AUGAAUGAAACACAGGUGUUAGAAAGGAGGAACAGUCUUGGUGAGGACAGCAAAAUAAAAAUGCCAGUAUCACCAAAAACAGAGCACUGGAAGGAAUUUGUAUGUGGUGGUGGAUCUGCUUUUUGCAACAUACUCAUUAGUUAUCCUUUAAAUAAGCUCAUAUUUAGACAGAUGAUGCAUGGAGUAGAAGCAACAUUGGCAUUAAACCAAUUGCAAAGGGAGGGCUUAGGUUAUUUAUACCGUGGUAUGCUUCCACCUCUGUUGCAAAGGCUGACUGACUCCCAGCGGCCCAAGUACCGUGAGGACUACAGAUUCGAGAAGGCUUUUAAUUCGUUUUACAAAUUGCACACUGCUACCAAUUGGAACAAUGCGCAUAUCCGAUGCCAAGCCGAAGGGUCUGUGCUCAUGGUGCCGGAAACGCUCGACGAAGCUGAUGCAAUGCCACUCCUUAUAACCUCUACUUUGACACGGUACGAGGGAGUGUUUGUGGGCAUACAUGAUCUAUACUCGCAAAGAUUCUUUGUCACUAUAACAGGUAGCAAGCUGCGCGAUUCGAUCCUGGACUUACUUUGGGAAGCGGAGGAGCCCGGAAUCAACGCAGGUAGAUGCGUCGCGAUGCGCCGGAACGGUCGAUUCUACGUGAAACCUUGCUCUAAAAGGCUUCCGUUCAUCUGCAAAACGAAAGCCGCUCGCGUCUCCUACUAUCAGGAAUGCGACACUUAUGAUCCGCGCUGGAAGCCAGGUUACAACGGCUCCUGCUACAUUGUUCACGCGGAGGCGCAGACCUGGCACCAGGCGCACGGCACGUGUCUCUCCGCAGGCGGCUAUCUCGCCAUAUUAGACAACCGAGACGAGGCCGAAUACAUACGUGAGCAGUUCAAGAAUGUUGACCAGAUCAAGACGCCGGGCGACUUCGCGUUCUUGGGCUUCAGCGAUCUAUUCCAAGUGUACCAUUACAGGACUGUGCAUGGCGACCCAAUAAACAAGCUACUGGACUGGGACCUAAAGUGUCCACAACCAGAUAAGAAAGGAAUCUCAAUUGACCGUUGCGGUGGUAUCCGACGAAGCGGUCUUCUAGCCACUGCAGACUGCGGCUCUCCGGCCAUAUUCUUCUGCGAGAAACCCAUAAAGGGCACCUAUAAGUUUCAAAGUCUCCGCCACGGUGCGACGCAUAACCACCAUAAAGGCAUUACGCAAAUAAUAAAGGCCGAGGAAAAAAAUUAUUUUCUCUUUGUUUUGCUCCUGUAUCUCCUGUAUCGCAGUAUAGGAAAC